AUGGCAGACACUCUACACAACGCGCCAAUUGUCCUCGACAAUGGCAGUGGCACCAUUCGAGCCGGUUUCGCAGGCGAAGACGCGCCCAAAUGCUAUUUCCCGUCCUACGUCGGCCGUCCCAAACACCUGCGUGUUCUCGCUGGUGCUCUCGAAGGAGAUGUCUUCAUUGGCCAGAAGGCCCAGGAGCUGCGCGGUCUGCUGAAGAUUCGCUACCCAUUGGAACACGGAAUCGUCACUGAUUGGGACGACAUGGAGAAGAUCUGGCAACACGUCUACACCGAAGAGCUCAAGACACUGAGUGAAGAACACCCCGUGCUUCUGACCGAACCGCCGCUCAAUCCUCGUUCCAACCGCGACACGGCUGCCCAGAUCUUGUUCGAGACCUUCAACGUUCCUGCUUUGUUUACCUCCAUCCAAGCUGUCUUGUCUCUCUACGCCUCAGGCAGGACCACUGGUAUCGUUCUGGACUCGGGCGACGGUGUCUCGCAUGCUGUCCCCGUUUAUGAAGGCUUUGCAAUCAACAACAGCAUCCGCCGAAUUGAUGUCGCUGGUCGAGACGUCACCGAGCACAUGCAGACGCUGCUCCGAAAGUCUGGCUACAUCUUCCAUACCAGUGCCGAGAAGGAGGUGGUGCGCAUGAUCAAAGAAAAGACAAGUUAUCUGGCUCUUGAUCCCAAGAAAGAAGAGAAGGACUGGGCUACAGGCAAUGCCAGACAGGACGGCAAGACGGUUGAGUAUACCCUGCCCGACGGCCAGAAGCUCAAGAUCGGCCCCGAGAGGUUCAGAGCGCCUGAGAUUCUCUUCGAUCCUGAAAUCAUUGGCCUCGAAUAUCCUGGAAUUCAUCAGAUCGUUGUUGAUGCCAUCAGCCGUACUGACAUGGACCUGAGAAAGUCUCUCUUCGCAAACAUCGUCUUGUCCGGAGGUUCGACUUUGACCAAGGGCUUCGGUGAUCGUCUCUUGCACGAGGUGCAACGUCUAGCAGUCAAAGACAUGCGCAUCAAGAUCUUUGCACCACCCGAGCGCAAGUACAGCACGUGGAUUGGUGGCAGUAUUCUGGCCGGUCUCAGCACCUUCAGAAGGAUGUGGGUGAAUAUCGACGACUGGCAUGAGAACCCUGAGAUUAUCCAUACCAAGUUUGCGUGA